AUGAAUAUCACAAUUUUAUUACGACAUUCUGGAAUUUGGGUAAGCGAUGUUAAUUACGAAGGUUACAAGGUUGAUGGAAUUGUUGUUGGAGAAUCAAUUUCAUUUAUGAAUCUGAAAGCGUUGAUUUUAGCAGAGUUGGAGAUCGACGGUGUUAGAAAAGAUAUUGAAAUUCGAUACAUCAUAGACGGAAACACAUGUCCAUUGAAAAUCAGGAACGACAUGGGUGUGAAACUUUAUUUGGAAGUAAGAAGAAAUGAGCCUGGAAUCGGCAUGUAUCCGUUAUGUAUUGAUACAACUGAGAAAAUGGUUGGGGAGAUACAUAACUUUAAUUGUUCAUCCGGUGAAAUCAUAUGUGUGGAAGGUACAGAAAGAGAUACUGAAGCUCUUGCUCUGGUCGAAUUGAGAAUUUGUGAUUUAGAUUAUAUUCCAGAAUUGAAUGCUACAAAUUACAUAACUGAUUCCAAUAGUACUGAUGUGAAGAUAUGCCAGUUGUAUAAGGAUAAAGGAACACUCAUCGCUGUAAUGGCGAAAUAUAAAAUAAAGAACAACUUCAAUUUCAGAGUGAAAAGAUCGGAUAAAAAAAGCUAUGUGUUAGUUUGCUUCAGUGAUGAAUGUGGGUGGACUUUAAGGUCUUCGUGCAGAAAGAAAUCUGAUGUAUUCAAAGUGAGGUACUUUAAAAAUGAACAUAUGUGUUCGAUGCGGGAUAGGAUACUUACGAAAGUACAAGCAACAGUUGGAUUUAUUAGUGGUGUGACUGCCCCCAAGUUGUUUAAUCAUAAACGAAUUCAUACGCCGCAAGAUGUAAUUGAAGAUAUUCGAGCAGUAUAUGGGGUUGAAAUAUCAUACCAGCAAGCAUGGCGUGCAAAGGAACGUGCACUGAAAAUGCUAAAGGGUAAACCAUCAGAAGGAUAUAAGCAGAUGCCAAGAUACAUAUGGAUGCUAAAUAAUGUGUAUCCAAAUUCAUAUAUAAGGAUGCAAAAGAUGGAAAAUAAUCAAUUUAUGUAUCUUUUCAUAGCACUACGGCCAUUGAUAAGAGGGUUUAACUAUUGCAGACCAGUAGUUGUAGUGGAUGCUGCACAUUUUGGCGGGGAUUACAAAGGUACUUUUGUAUCAGCGAGCACACUCGAUGGUGCAGGUUUCAUAUUACCGUUGGCAUAUGGUGUUGUAGACACUGAAAAUGACUGUUCGUGGACAUGGUUCUUCGAACAAUUCAAAAAUGUAUUUGGCGAGCGUGAAAACAUGUGUAUUGUAUCAGAUAGAAAUGAAAGUAUUAUGAAAAGUGCAUACAGAAAGGAAGAUUUUGAUAAAUUAAUGGCUAAGGUGGUGAAAGUUGAUCAUAGGGUGAAGGAUUACCUUGAGGAUGCUGGGUAUGAGAAGUGGUCAAGAGUUCAUUCAAUAGUAAACAGAGGUAGAAUGAUGACUUCGAACAUCGCAGAGUGUAUCAAUGGUUGCCUUGUUGAUGCACGUCGGUUAACUAUAAUAGACUUCUUGGAGGAAGCUAGACUUCUAUUUGGUAGUUGGAACUAUAAAAAUAGAGAAAUAGCGUCAUAUACAAAAGACACAUUGGGCCAAAGAUUUGAGGAGGUAUUGAUUGUAAACGCAUCUAAAAGUUUAAACAAGAAGGUUGUCCCAUCGUCUGAAUAUAUUUUUUCAGUUUAUCAAGCCGGAAGAAGAUACAUUGUAUGCCUUGAGCGGAAAAUAUGUACGUGUGGAAGAUUUCAAUAUGAUGAGAUACCUUGCGAACACGCAAUUGCAGUUUUGAAGCACAAGAAUGUUACAGAUAUGCAUCCAUAUUGCUCUGAUUACUACAAGUCGGAUGCAUUAGAAAAAACCUACGAGGUUGCAAUGGUUCCAAUGCCAGAUAAGGAGGAUUGGACCGUUCAAGACUAUGUUUUAGAUGAAAUUGUCUUGCCACCUAGGUACAGAAGGUUGGCUGGACGACCAAGGAAUCGAAGAAAGAAAAACGCGGAUGAGAAGAUAACAGUGAACAAGAAUUCUUGUGGGCGAUGUCGACAAGAAGGUCACAACAAGAGGACUUGUACUUUCUUCCCGAAAGAGAAUUGA